AUGAGGCCGCCGCGCAUCACGUUACAAAUGAAGCAAUUCAAGCACGUGCAUAUUCACCGUCACCCGAUCAAGUGUGUACAUUCACCUGCAGCCGGCGAUUUCAUCUCACCCAUAAGAGGAAGCCCCGGCUUAUACUUCGAUAAGCACUUAGAUGUUAAGUUUACUAAUAACAAUUGGAAUGUAGUUACGUAUCUAGAUAUUAGUCAUAUUCUACCUAAUUUAGAUAACAUAGAGUUUUUAUUUGAAAAAACACGCGUAUUGUGCAAUUCACUCACGUCAUCCAAAAUACAGACCGAUUGUAAUAAUGCUCUCUCUGCCCUUAAACACCAACACUUAAAAAACGUUAAUAAAUUCUCUUCCAUUUCCUACCUACUCGUUGAUGAAAAAUCUAACAGUCGUUUUAAAAGGGCACUGAUGGAUUUUGGAGGCUCAUUGCUAAAAACUAUUUUCGGCACAUUAGACACCGAGGACGCUCUAAAAUUUUCCCAGGCGAUCAAUGACGUACAGACUGACGAAAAACAACUAGCCCAUCUAAUGAAGGAUAAUAUACACGUCAUUAAAUCAACAAUAUCCACCUUCAAUAGCUCGAUAAAUAAAGUCACUGAAAAUGAAAACCAUCUUUUGGAAAAUAUUAAAACCCUACAUAGUAUAAUGGAAACCAUCUCUAAUAGUAACGACAAACUAGAAAUCAAAUCCCAAACCAACUCACUUUUGAAUUCAUUAGAAUCAAUUAUCUUAACGCUCUCCCUAGACAUCGAUGACAUUAGCAAUGCCGUAUUAUUUGCAAAACUUAAUAUCCUACACCCGACCGUACUAAGUCCUCACCAACUGUAUAAUGAAUUAGAUAAAAAUAGACACAACUUACCUAAACACAACGAACUUCCAGUGUCGCUAACAAUCCAAAAUAUUCACGAAAUAAUUGACCUAUCUAAAUUAAUUUGUUAUUACCAUUCAAACAGAGUCAUUGUUGUUGUAAAAAUCCCUUUAGUCCUACCGCAAGUUUAUAACUUAUAUAAUGUCGUCCCCUUACCUACUCCAUAUGACAUAACGAAACCUGAUACAUAUGCUCUUAUUGCACCGACCGACUCAUAUGUGGCGAUAACGAAGGAUCACAUGUUUUAUUCACUAAUCAACGAUAUCAAAAAGUGCCAAGUGAUCAGUGAGAAGUGCUAUGUGUGCGCGUUAACGAAUGUUUACUCAACAAUUGCAAAUCCUAUCUGUGAAACCGUAUUUUUAACUGAGGCAGUUACAACCUUACCCGAAAUUUGUACUACUAGAUUAAUUCAUGGCGUAAUAGAUGUAUUUCACAAAAUAAAAGGAAAUCGCUGGAUUUUUGUCCAAUCAGAACCAGGAAAAUGUCAUAUAACAUGCAACAAUCAACCUGAUGACAUAGAAGUAGUCUUAUUCGGAACCGGCAUUUUGACACUGCCAAAAACAUGCAAAGCUUUUUACAAAACCUUGCAGUUCACCUCGUCUAGUGAAAGCAUCAUUGCUAACAUUACAAAUAAAAUUUCAGAUUUUAAUAUCGUCCAGGAUGAUUGUUGUGAGAAAAUUAGAUUAAACAAAACCCUAGGUAAAUUACCAUUCAUUAAAUUAGAAAACAUAAACAAUUUAGAUUCAUUGGUGCACGCCAGUACCCAUCUUAACCUAUUCGAAAAAGAAUUGAAUAAAUUAGAAAAUCCAACUCACUUUCAGCAGUACAGCACGCAUUACAUAUCUGUAACUUAUAUAAUUUCUACCCUAUUUCUCUUAUACAUACUUUACAGAGUCAGAAAUUGGCUCUGCUGUAACCAAUCUCCGCAGGAUAAGACAGGAUGCUGCGUUCAGAUAUUUAACCAAUGUCAUAACAGGAAAACCGAACUACCACCAACUCAUAUGAUAGUCAUGAAAGAACCUACUGAAGAAACCUGCUCUUCAGAGGAAGAUCGUUGCACUCCAUCCCCUGUAAAACGCAACAUCCUCGUCACCCACAAAACUCAUAGCCAAUGAUGCCAAUAUGCGUGUGUUUAGAUUUUUAAGUUUAGAUAAGUUUAUUCUCUUUUGUAAAACCACAGGUCAGUCCAACCCUUCAAUUCCACAAUUUAAAUUCCUCAUCAUUUUAAAUAUGAUGAUCCAUCUUAACGGGGGGGUUGUUAUAUCGUAAAUUACAGGGUUGGCCAUUACAAUGUAAACGCCGAGUUGCAUUGACUCAUUGACGUCAAUGCAACGUAAGGGCUACAUAGCUUUCGUAUUAAGUAAAUAAUUAACACCAAUUA